AGGUGCGCGCCCUCCCGUGAUCAGCUGAUUGAGUCAACAUGGCUUCCAUUGUGGCAACUGCAGCACGGGCUGCUCGGCUCCCUGUCGUCGUGGUUUUAGGCGCCACAGGCACGGGAAAAUCGAAGCUAGCGCUGGAAAUAGCUAGGAAAUUUAACGGAGAAAUCAUCAGCGCGGAUUCCAUGCAGGUUUACCAUGGUCUAAAUAUUAUCACCAAUAAAGUGACACCGGAAGAGCAAGCACAGGUCCCACACCACCUUUUAGAUUUUGUGGAUCCUCUAUCUCGCUAUAGUGUCACGGAUUUCCGCAAUGCCGCCCUUCCUCUGGUGGAGCAACUGCUCAGUGAAGAUAAAAUACCGGUUAUUGUUGGUGGCACCAAUUAUUAUAUCGAGUCUCUGCUCUGGAAUGUCCUGAUGGAUUCCGUGCCAACUGAAAAGACUGGCAAUCCGAAGCUUGUUUACGAGCGGGAUAGAGAGAUUUAUGGCAGUGCUAAGAGAAAUUUAAGUAGUGAUGAUACCGGUGAAGGUGUUUUGAAAAAGUGUAAGAUAAGUGGUGCUAUUAGUGACAGUGUGAGUGAUAGUGUUAGAGCUAAGAAAGAUGGUGGUGAUAGUGUUAUCAGUGCUGUAGAAAAGGAGUGUGUUGAGGGUGAUAUGGGAGGUGAUGAUGUGAAAAGAAAGGGAAAAGAAAUGGAAAAGGUUAAAGAUAACGAAAGUGCAAGUGAGAGCAAAUGUGAUGAAUUAACAGCUCAGUGUCGGGUGUGGCAAGACACGGAUAUCCCAACCGAGGAAUUAUAUCGCCGAUUACAGGAAGUUGAUCCGGAUAUAGCAUCACGAUAUCAUCCAAAUGAACGCAGGAAAAUAAUCAGGUCGCUGCAGGUGUGGGAGCAGACGGGUCGGCGCCACAGCCAGCUGCUGGAGCAGCAGCAGCAGCAGGAAGGCGGCUCCAGCCUCGGGGGCGGCCUCAGGUACCCCAACACUGCCAUCCUCUGGGUCACAUGCCAGCAGGAUGUUCUCGAACAGCGAUUGGAUACCCGGGUGGAUGAGAUGAUCGAGCGAGGGCUUCUUCAGGAACUGAAAGACUUUCACACUUCAUAUAAUGCCAAGCGUCUGGAGGAUGGAGAAGCCGCAGACUACACCAAGGGCAUUUUCCAGAGUAUAGGGUUUAAAGAAUUCCACAAAUUCUUAAUCUUGCCAGCACAAGAACAAAAAAGUGACAAAGGGACAGCAAUGUACAAGGAUGGUGUUGAAGCAAUGAAAUUGGCAACCCGCCAGUAUACCAAGAAACAAAUAAGGUGGAUUAGAAACCGGUUUAUUCUUCCAUCAGGACGACAGGUUCCUCCAGUAUAUGCAGUGGAUGGAACAGAUCCUAGCAAGUGGAAUGAAAUAGUGCGUGACCCAGCCCAAGCUGUUGUGCAGGCCUUUAUUGAUGGAACACAACCAGAACUGGAGAUGGCUAAUGUACCAAAUGACAUGCAAAAUCUAGCUGAUGUAAUCAAAAAAGACAAGACACGACAUGAAUGCACAGUAUGUAAUCGUGUGGUGAUUGGGGAAAAAAUUUGGAAAGAGCAUAUACAAGGAGCCAAACAUAGGAAAAUGUUGAAAAGGACACAUGCUACUAAGAAAGCAGCAGAGGUUGGCAUUCUUGUGACUAACAACAACAUAAAAUUCUCUGCCGUCUCCACUACGCCCCACAACCCAAUGAUCCUGUGAAGUUUUCACAACUAGCUCUCCGCUAUUGCACCUGAAAUGUGAAAUCUUAUGUAACUUUUCAUAAAUAUUAACAAUUACAUUCUGUAAAUAUA